AUUAAAACCCCAGAUGAGAAAAAUCAAAAUUAUCUAGUUCUUCAGUACUUUAGUCUGUUCCCUAAAACCCAUUGCUGGAGUUUUUGGGUUUUGAGAAAUCCAUACAAUGGCUUCAUUGUCUUUCACACAGUUUUCACUAGUGCCCAGGAUAUGCAGGUGGCACCUGAAUGGAAAUCCUUUCCCUUAUAUGAACCUAGUACAAAUUCAAGAUUGUAGAGUAAAUAGAAAAGUAGUUAUGGCUGUCUCCAGAGACAAACUGACUGACUCGUUAGCUCAGGAGGUACUGAAUGGAGAACCAGGGAGUACAGAGAAAAAGAUUCGUAGAACAAGUAAACGAGCUUCUGCAAGAACCAGGAAAAAAGUGAUGGAGAUUCCAGAUGAAAAUCCUGCAGCCAAUGGGAAUGCCAGAGAUGAGGAAAUUCUAAUGACUUCAGGCUCAGAGGAGAAUUCCAGGAAAACCCAAACCAGAACUCGUAAGAAAGCUCCAUCAGAAUUGGAGACUGUGGAAGGAGAAGCAGCUGAAAAAGUGACAAGGCAAAGAAGACGAAAGAAGAAGGCUGACAGUAUGGAUAGUCAAGGCAGUGAGACAGAAUUUAGUGAUGUUGAGGGGGAUACAUUUGCUCUAACCAUGGAUGAAGACAGUGAACAAGAAUUGGAGUUUGACAUAGAUGAUGGAGAGGAUAUAAGCUUUACUUAUGGAUGGCCACCACUGGUUUGUUGUUUUGGUGCAGCCCAACAUGCUUUUGUGCCCGCUGGAAGACAAGCUAACAGACUUAUUGACUAUGAAAUCCAUGAUCGGAAAAAAGAGGCUCUGUGGGAGCCUGAGAAAUUUGUUAGGGCAUCUGGAGGAUGUUCAAGUAAUGUUGCAGUGGCUCUUGCAAGUUUGGGAGGAAAAGUUGCCUUCAUGGGGAAGCUUGGGGAUGAUGCAUUCGGUCAGUCGCUACUUUAUUUUUUAAACAUCAACAAUGUCCAAACAAGAUCAGUACGGAUUGAUAAUAAGAAGGCUACAGCUGUAUCACAGAUGAAAAUUGGUAAGAGAGGUCGCUUCAGGAUGACUAGUGUCAAACCAUGCGCAGAGGAUUGUUUUUCGAAGUCUGAGAUCAAUAUUGAUGUGUUGAAAGAGGCAAAAAUGUUUUACUUCAACACUUUCAGCCUCCUGGACAGGAAUAUGAGGUCGACCACAUUACAAGCUGUCAAGAUUGCCAAAAGGCUAGGAAAUGUUGUCUUUUACGAUCUCAAUCUUCCAUUGCCACUUUGGCAAUCUAGUGAAGAAACCAAGAUGUUCAUACAGAAAGCAUGGAAUCUAUCUGAUAUUAUUGAGGUCACCAAGCAAGAGCUGGAAUUUCUUUGUGGGAUAACACCAUCGGAAAAUUUUGAUACCAGAGAUAAUGAUAGAUCUAAGUUCACCCACUAUGCACCAGAAGUUGUUUCUCAGCUCUGGCAUGAUGAUCUCAAGGUUUUGUUUGUGACUAAUGGAACUUCAAAGAUACAUUACUACACUAAGGAGCAUAAUGGUGCUGUACAUGGAAUGGAGGACGCAGCCCUUACUCCUUAUACUUCCGACAUGUCUGCAUCUGGAGAUGGUAUUGUAGCAGGCAUAAUGAGAAUGUUGACUCUUCAACCACAUCUCAUCUCUGAUAAAGGCUACUUGGAACGCACGGUCAAGUACGCCAUUAGCUGCGGCGUCAUAGACCAAUGGCUACAGGCACGAAGUCUUGGCUUCCCCGCCAAAGAAGGCAUGGAAGAUGUAGUUCCUGAUCCUAAUGGCAUAAAAUCAAUAACAGAAAGGGAGUACAGAACCUUGGUUCCUUCAAGCUGACAGAGAUAAAAAUUCUGCUGCAUGCAUGCCAUUCUGCACUACAUCUCCCAGACGGGGUGGAACUUUAUGCCGUCUUUUUCAAUAUUAUUCUUUUUAGGACUAGCGAUGCAUUGUUUGAUUCACGAGUCUUUAGAUGAAACAUACUGGUAAGGUAUGGUGAUAGCACAGGAACCAUAAACGUGCAAGUUAAUGCUACAGCUGCAUUGAGCCUACUGCACUGACAGGUUUUCAUGGAUGUAAGAACAACAACUCCUACUACAUUUACUUCAACUUUUUGAUUACUUUCUUUCAA